UAGCCUAGCCUUACUUAUAAAUAUUAUUGCAUGUUUUGAAUCGUUUAAUUCGUUUAUGCUAUCGCGGUAAUACCUACUAUUGCCCUUGUUUUGCUUUAAGUAAUCGGAACUUCAAGAUGUACAUUUUCAUUUGAUUCAUAACAACACCAGUACGCGGCCGUUGUUAUUUUAUUUUUAAUACAAAUUUAGCUACAGCGGGUAGUGGUUGAAAUUGUUGCUAUGAAAUUAUUGUUCUUUUUCUUGUCCCUGGGCGCCGCUCGGGCGUAUGAUUGUCCGUACUGCCAGCCCGAACAAGUUCACAUCGCAUUUGGAGAGAAACCCAACGACAUCGUGCUGACAUGGACCACGUUCAACGACACCCAGGGCUCGUACGCCACCUUCGGGAAAGAACAGCUGACAGACCAGGUCUCCGGGUACAGCACUCUCUUCCGGGACGGCGGCCAACAGCGCCGUGAGCUGUACAUACACCGCGUCACGCUGCCCGGCCUCGACUAUGACACCACAUACGUAUACAACGUGGGUUCCGAGUUCGGCAUGUCGGAGCGGUUCUCCUUCCACGUGCCCCCCAAAGGCAACGACAUCAAAGUGCGCGCCGCCAUCUACGGCGACAUGGGCAACAAGAAUGCACACUCCCUCUCGUAUCUGCAAGAAGAGGCGGAGCGCGGGAGCUUCGAUCUGGUCCUCCACGUGGGCGACUUCGCUUACGAUAUGCACGACGACGACGCCAGGGUCGGAGACCAGUUCAUGCGCCAGAUCCAGCCCAUAGCCUCCCUGGUGCCCUACAUGACGUGCCCCGGCAACCACGAGGAAAAAUAUAACUUUAGCAACUACCGCGCCCGCUUCUCCAUGCCGGGCGGCACCGAGAGCAUGUUCUACAGCUUCGACCUCGGCCCCGUGCACUUCGUGUCCAUCUCCACCGAGUACUACUACUUCUUCCAAUGGGGCGCGCGUAUGUUGUUCGAGCAGUUCGCUUGGUUGCAAGAAGACUUAACUAACGCUAAUCAACCUAAAAACAGAGCCGAGCGUCCGUGGAUCGUGCUGAUGGGCCACCGGCCGAUGUACUGCAGCAACUCCGACGACAUCGACUGCAGCUUCGAGUACACCCGCCGAGGGAUCCCCUUCAUCGGCCUGAGCCUGGAACCGCUGCUGAAGCAAUACGGAGUGGACGUGGUGAUCUGGGCGCACGAACAUUCGUACGAGCGCUCGUGGCCGCUCUACGACGGCAAGGUCUACAACGGGUCUCUGGACCACCCCUACACUAAUCCUGGCGCUCCCGUGCACAUCGUGACGGGCUCGGCCGGCUGCCAGGAGAACCACAGCCUAUUUAAUGCGACGCGGCCGGGGUGGUCCGCGUUCCGCACGGAGGCCUACGGCUACACGCGGCUGCAGGCCGAACGCGCACAACUCUACUUCGAGCAGGUGGACGUGGAGCAGGGCGGCAAGGUGGUGGACCGCUUCCGACUCGUCAAGGACCGCCACGGGGCCUACCACUACGACUAAACCAUGGGCCCUAAUAUACUAGCAAUAAACCACUAAACCAUGCUACAGGCCCUGCCUGCCUUGUUCUGGCCCUUAUACCGCUACCACUAAACUGUGCCUCUGGCCAUACCGCUAACACAUGAUAUGGUCAUAAGCAUAACGCUAGUCAAUAUGGAGAUCCAUAUUGACUUGGUCAUGCAGGCGCCUUCGCCAUAUUACCAUGGAAAAGACCUAAAUAUGCACUGAAACGCCUUGAAAAUUUGUCUUGUUUAAAUCAAGCGUCUUAUGCUAGUUAUGCUUCGUUUCAACAUUUGUGGCUUUCCAGCACAGAAGGGUCCUUUAUUAUGCUUCAAGUACAAUAAGGAUACGUACCUAUUCCCAUCCGAAAUUCCAAUAGGAAUUCUGAUAAAAAGGUCCUUAUUGCAGGUAAAGCAUAUGGACUCUUCUGUUCUGGAAAUCCACAUAAUAUAAUCUCUUGACCAUUGUACCUAAGUACAUCGAAAGCAUCAAAGGUCAUCUCUUUCACUGGGAGACUUCGUAUCAAUCACUGUUCUAUAUCAAUGGUAUCAAUAGAUAUUAGCUAGGAUCAAGAGGUCAAAUACCUACGUUUGUUAUUAGACUUAUAAAACCUUUGUGAAUGCUACUUAUAUUUUCUUAUGAACAGUGCAUGUUUUUUAAGAUUUUUUUUUGCUCUGCAACAAAUUUAAUAAAAAUGUAACGGCAUCUCAAAAUUGUAUA